AUGGAGCCCAAAGCCAACGGCCAGAGCAUGGAGAGCACCAAACUCUUUCUCUUUGGCGACCAGACCAUAGAGUUCGGAUCGAGCUUGAACAAGGUAGUUGCCGCAGCCAAGCAAAAGUCUCCUCUUGCCCGCAAGUUCCUAUCCGACGCCCUCGACACCAUCAGGCUCGAGGCGCGGCAGACGGGCACGCACAAGCUCGUGGAGCUCGAAUCCCUGGAUACGCUGCUCUCGUCCCCGGAAAGGUUUGACGAGGUAAAAGAUGAGACGGGCAUCAUUCAUACCACGUUUUCGUGCAUAGCGCGACUUGGAGAACUUAUCCUACACGCCGAGCAGGAUCCUACACUCUUGUCUCCCAAAGCCCACGGUCCGCCCGUACAGGCGGUCGGGUUGUGCACCGGCCUUUUGCCCGCGGUAGCGUUGGCGGCUGCCCGGGAUGUGCGCGACUUGGCAAGCGUGGCGCUGGCGAUGGUCGGCGUCGCGUUCAGGCUCCGGCUGGAGCUGCAUCGGCGAUCGCGCGCGGUAGAGGGCGGCGAUGGCAUCUGGGGCUAUCUGGUGGUGGGCCAGACCCCGAGCGAGAUCGAGGCCGCCCUGGACAGCUUUCACCAGGCUCAGAGGCUUCCAACGCACAAGCGGGCGUACAUUGCGGUGGCGGCGAGGUCCUGGUCGGCGGUCUUUGGCCCUCCCUCCACCAUGAGCAGACUCUUCCACGAGUCCAGCGUCUUGCGCCAAGCAUCGGUCACGGAGCUGUACAGGGCCAACGGCUGCGUGCACGCGUCGCACCUCCCCGGCCUGGACACCGCCUACAUCCUCGGCGCAAACAGCGAGCUGCUCAAGCGACAGCCGUCCCCGGCCGUCAGCAUCAUGUCCACCAGCAAAUGCCGGCCGUUCCAGGCCAGAACCCUCAAGGACCUGCUGGGUCAGGUGUUGGAUGACAUCGCCACGCUGCGGCUCGACAUGGACGGCACCAUGGACGCGGCGGCGGAAAGCGUGCCGACCGGCUCGGAAUUGCAGGUCUUGCUCAUCGGCGGGGCCAACGCCGUCUCGGCCCUCAAGAACUCGCUGGGCUCCCGCGACCUCACCCUGACGGUUGUCGAGGGCGCCGUGCCCAGGCCGCAGCCGGCGUUGCGAAAUGGGUCGGGGCGCGUCGCCAUCGUCGGUGUGAGCGGGAGGUUCCCCGACGCUGAAAGCGUGGACGAGUUCUGGCAGAAUUUGCUGGCGGGUCGAGAGUCACAUAAAUUGGUUCCUGAAUCCCGCUUCGGCCUCGACGCAUGGAAGCAUGCUCUCGGACCCGACGCAACACUGCCGUACGGCUGCUUCCUCAACAGCCCCGGCCAGUUCGACGCCAAACUCUUCAACAUAUCUCCGCGCGAGGCCGAGCAGAUGGAGCCGAUGCACCGGCUCCAGAUGCUGACGACGUACGAGGCGCUCGAGGACGCGGGGUACGCCCCCAACGCGACGCCGUCGACGGACAAGACGCGCAUCAGCGCCUUCAUCGCGCAGAGCUCGGACGACUGGCGCGACAUCAACCACCAGCACGGCAUCGAGACGCACUACGUGCCGUCCAUCGCGAGGGCCUUUGGCGCCGGGCGGCUGCACCACUACUUCAAGUGGGAGGGCCCGGCCUUCACGGUGGACGCGGCGUGCGGAUCCAGCGCCGUGGCCAUCGCGCUGGCGUGCUCGUCGCUGGUGCGGGGCGACUGCGACACGGCGGUGGUGGGCGGGUCGAUGCUCGCGUGCUCGCCGGACGCCAUGGCCGGGCUGGCCAAGGGCGGGUUCCUGUCGCCGACGGGCAGCUGCAAGACCUUUCGCGACGACGUGGACGGGUACUGCCGCGGCGAGGCGGUCGGGUCCGUGGUGCUGAAGCGGCUCGAGGACGCCGAGCUGGACGGCGACAGGAUCCUGGGCGUGGUCGACGGCUGGGCGCGCAACCACUCGGCCUACGCCUCGUCCAUCACCCACCCGCACCAGCCGAGCCAGGAGCGCGUCUUCCACCAGGCCAUGCGCAUGGCCGACGCCGCCCCCGAGGACGUCGGCUACGUCGAGGCCCACGGCACCGGCACCGUGGCCGGCGACGUGUGCGAGGUCAAGGCCAUCGCCAACGUGAUUGGUGGCUCGCGCGCCCCCGACAACCAGCUCGUCCUCGGCGCCGUCAAGGCCAACGUCGGGCACGCCGAGGCCGGGGCCGCCAUCGUGGCGCUCAUCAAGGUGGCCAUGAUUUUCAAAAACAAGGGCGUCAUCCCGCCGCAGCCGGGCUUCGACAACCCCGUCAACCCCGUCCGGUUGAACCCCGAGUUUCCUCACCUGGCCGGCCGGCAUAUACACAUCGCCAACGGCCGGCAGCAUCUUGCCGCGGGCAAAAAGGCCAUCCUGAACUGCUUCGACGCCACCGGGGGCAACACCUGCCUCGUUCUGUCCCCGCCCCCGUCCAAGCUGGCUUUGCCAAAGAGCAUGGGGCCAGGAAAGCACGUCAAGGACCCGAGGACGCAUCACGUUGUGGUCUGUUCCGGCCACACCUUCAACGUCAUGAAGAGGAACGAACGCCGCAUCCUGGACUACCUCAUCAGCCACAAGGACGCCUCGGUGGCCGACCUGGCCUAUACGACUUCGGCACGCCGGGUAAAACAGCACGAUGUGCGCGCGGCCUGGACCGUGGCAGACACGAAAGAGCUCGGCAGGCUGCUGCUGAAGGAGACGAGCAGGACAGAACACUCGGCAAAACGACCGGGCACCGUCGUGUUUACUUUUACAGGACAGGGCGCGGCGUACAGGGGAAUGGCAUCCCAGCUGUUUGAGACAUCGCCGCAGUUUCGAAGCGGCAUCAUGGCGGCCCAGCGCCUGUGCGACUUGUACGGCUUUCCUUCUGUCGUGGAGUACAUACAGGGCCAGGAGCAGCACAGAGGCGCAGCAGCAGCAGCAGCAGCCCCCGAGGUGGUCGCCGCCCAGGAGCAGCUGUCCCUGGUGGCUCUGCAGACGGCACUGGUGGACCUCUUGCGGUUCUGGGGUCUCAGGCCCGACGUGGGGGGAAUGGCGCAGUGGUUAAGCGCCAUGGCUGCCCCUCUCGAUGAAGAGCCGUCAACUGCCGUCAGACGAAUCCUCCGUGCGCCUGAAGGCACGGGGCCCGACGUGGUGAUGGGCCACAGCCUGGGCGAGUACGCAGGUCUGUGCGCCGCUGGCGUCCUGUCCCUGGGCGACACGCUGUACCUCGUCGGCAGGCGCGCUGGGCUUUUGGGUCAGCACUGCAGGGCCGGCGACUAUGGCAUGCUGGUGUUGCCGGUCGGCAGCGGCGAGGCGGACAAGAUGAUUGCCAACAGCAGAGGUUGCUGCAUCGCGUGCAAAAACACCCCCAGCGCAACCGUGGUCAGUGGGCCUUUGAAAGAGAUCCACGACCUGCAGGCUGCCGUCCGCAGAGACCGUGGGAUCGAGACGACCAUUCUUCCAGUGCAGUACGGCUUCCACUCCAGUCAGAUGGAGAACAUCGCUGAAGAUUUGGAGCGGCUGGCUGAGGAGGUUCACUUUUCGUCACCCCAGAUACCCGUGGCCUCGACCCUCCUCGGGCGCAUCAUCAAAGAUGGCGGCACCCUCGGGCCCAAGUACCUGUCCCGUCAGACCAGGGAGGCCGUCGACUUUGUGGCCACGGUCGAGGCCAUCAGCGCAGGCGGCCUGGCGGACAAGGACACGAUCUGGGUGGAGAUUGGCCCCGACGCCGUGAACACGUCCAUGGUGCGCAAGACACUCGGCAUCAAGGACUCGAAUCGCCUCGUUCCGGCUUUGAAAAAGGGACGCGAGGUCUGGGCGACCCUGAGCGAGCUGGUGGCCUCGGCUUACUGCAGGGGCCACCACGUCGACUGGCACAACUACCACCGCCACUACGAGCCCGGCCUCGAGCUGCUCGACAUGCCGAGCUACUCGUUUGAUCUCGUCGACUACUGGCGUCCGUACGUCCACCCGACGUCCACGGCGUUCGCCGUCAGGGACGCCAAACCUAUGGCUCCUCCGCCAGUCGUCCCGGAGAUGACGUACCUCACCUCGUAUCUGCAGUACGUCAAGGACGAGCAGGUCGCAGCGGACGGCACCAUCACGGCGCACUUUGUGUCCCGCGUGGACCACCCGGAGAUGGUCGCCGCCGCGCAGAACCACCUGGUCAACGGCGUCCCCAUCUUCCCCGGCUCCGCCUUUUGCGAAAUGGCCCUCGCUGCUGCCAAGUACCUGAUCUCCAAGCACCGGAACCUCGUGCAGCCGCCAGAGAUCUCGUCCAUGGUCAUCCAGGGGCUGGAGAUGAACAGGCCGCUGAUCAUCAGCACCGCCUCGGACGCGUCGCUCCUCCUCACCAGGGCGGUGUGCCACGGCCGCGGCGUGAGGGUCGAGUUCAGCGUUCGCGACGGCCACGAUACGCUGCCUCUCGGCGCCGUGGGCAUCGCGUACGAAAAGGGGGCGGCGCUCAAGACCAAGGCCGCGCCGAUGUUCCUGUUCUUUGUGCGCAACCGGCUGGACGGCCUGGUCAAGGCGGUCGCGCAGGGCGAGGGCCACCUGCUGCGCACGUCGCUCAUAUACCAGCUGUUCCAGCGCUACGUGCACUACGGCAAGGGCUUCCAGGGGAUCCAGCAGUGCUGGCUGAGCCAGGACGGGCGCGAGGCCGCGUGCACCAUCCGCCUCCCGAGCAGCCCCUCGGCCACGGGCGAGCGCGACGCCUUCAACAUGUACUGGCGCGAUUGCGUCUUCCACCUGGCCGGCUACAUGCUCAACGGCCAUCCGGACGGGCCCACGGAGGAGGCCAAUAUUGCCGUCGCCGUCGGGGAGAUCGUCUUUGAGGAGGAGCUCACCGACGUCGAUACGUACCAGGCCUACACCCGGAUCGAGCCCACCGAGGAGGGCUACGUCGGAGACGUUUUCGUGUUUAGGGGUGAGAAGCUCGUCGGGAUCUGCUCCGACGUCGUGUACAAGACUGUGCAAGUUCGGCGUGCCGGGCAGAAGCAGGUGACGGCUGCGCCACUGGUCAAGGACCACCAGGAGAUGGCCCUGACAUCUCUGCCUGACUUGGGCCGCAAAGAUCACUCUGCCCACUCCACUUCCAUCCCAGCCCAGCCUAGAGAGGCUGCGAUGGACAGGACCAUCUGCCCCGGCUACGGGUCGAUGACCUCGGCACCCGUCCAGUCCAAGGCACCAUCGAAGCCCCAGGUCGACGUGGCCGAGAUGCUCCUGGACCUGAUCUCGGAGGAAACAGGCUGGGACAAGGAAGAGUUUGACAGCGUCACAAAUCUGGCAGACCUCGGCGUGGAUUCGCUGAUGAACAUCGUGCUGGCGUCCAAGAUGAAGUCGGACAAGGGCAUCCAAAUCUCGGCAGCCAAGUUCCGAACAUGCCUGACCGUGGCCGACAUCCGUCGCGAGUUCGGCACCACUACGACGGAGGAGCCAUCGGCGGCAAGGGCGCCAUCGCCGGAUCAGUUUGAGCAGGAAAGGGCCGAGUCGCCGUGCUUGUCGACCCCCAACGACAGCUCCGACGCCGAAUCGGGCUACGACAUGUUUUCCUCCGCGACCGAAGGCUCCGACUCGGGCAUGAUGGUCGAGAUCGACCCUCCCAGCCAGCAACACAAGUCUACCCCCACCACAAUCACCUCCGUCGCCUCCACCGUCACCACCACCAAGCUCCAAGACGAGUUCGUGGUCGAGGACUUUCUCAUCCAGGGCGAGGAGCAAGACGGCGUGCCGCCCCUGUUCCUCUUCCCCGACGGGUCCGGGUCGGUCACCUCGUUCGUGCAGCUGCCCAACCUGGCCAGCAACAUCGCCGUCUACGGGCUGCACUCGCCGUGGGUCAAGGAGCCCGAGCGCUUCGACUGCACCAUCGAGGAGGCGACGGCGCUGUACCUGGCGGCGAUCCGGGCGCGGCAGCCCCGCGGCCCGUACCUGCUGGGCGGCUGGUCGGCGGGCUGCGUGCUGGCCUACGAGUGCGCGCGGCUGCUGGGCGAGGCGGGCGACGAGGUGCUGGGGCUCGUCUUCAUCGACAUGCACUGCCCGCGGCCGCUGCCGCAGUGGAUCGACACGACGCGCGAGCUGUGGGAGUACUGGUGCGAGACCACGGGCCUCGACAAGGUGUUUGCCCCGCUGCCCGGCGGCGCCGACCUGGGCGCCCACCUCAUCAGCAACUUUCGCGCCCUCAACAGGUACCACCCGAAACCCAUGACCAAGACCCCCCGCCACGGCACCCUCAUCAUCUGGGCCAAGAAGGGCAUGGGCAACGGCCUGAGGAAGGAGGACUUUCCAGACAUGUCCGACCCGCUGGGCGUCGGUGAGUGGUUCUGCUUUGACAGGACCGAGUUUGGCCCCAACGGCUGGGAGAAGCUGGUGGGCGACAAGGUCGAGUGCGUUGCGGUGGACGGUCAUCACCGCUCUAUCAUGGUUCCUCCGGAUGCUUACCAAAUGAUAAAUGUUAUCGACAAGGCGUUGGAGAGGUUUCUUUCCUAG